UUUUUGUUCAUGCCUUGUAAGCAGGCAAUCCUUACUCCUCAUUACUUCACUUGUCCUUGUAAAACCCGACGCUCCCUAACAACAUCAACUCCACCAUUCUAUAUACUCUAAUAUCCUCUUAAAUAUAUAACCAUGGCUACCGUAUUUAAACAACAGAAGGACAAAAAGGACAAGGCUGAAGGUAUUGUCACCAAGAGUUCAGAUGAUAAAAUCUUCAAAAAUAAGCAGCGUGUGCUUCUCUUGUCUUCACGUGGAAUUAAUUCUCGCCAACGCCACUUGCUCACCGAUCUCGGCAACCUGUUGCCUCAUUCAAAGAAGGAUGCUAAACUGGAUUCCAAAUCAAAACUUUAUAUCAUUAAUGAGCUUGCCGAUUUGAACAAUUGUAACAACUGCAUUUUCUUCGAGGUCAGAAAGAGACAGGAUCUUUACAUGUGGAUUUCCAAGACCCCUAAUGGUCCUAGCAUGAAGUUUCAUGUCCAGAACAUUCACACAAUGGAAGAGCUCAAGAUGACUGGAAACUGUCUAAAAGGAUCGCGUCACAUUUUGUCAUUCGACAAGAACUUUGAAAGUACUCCUCACUGGAUGUUGAUGAAGGAACUCUUUACACAGGUCUUUGGUGUCCCUAAAACAUCACGUAGAAUUAAGCCUUUUAUCGAUCAUGUCAUUUCCUUCUCUAUUGUCGAUAACCGUGUCUGGUUCCGUAAUUACCAGAUCACAGAAAAGCCGAUCGAACAUCGCUCUCCCACAGACACAACUGAUCUGACUCUAGUCGAAAUUGGCCCUCGCUUUGUCAUGAACCCAAUCCGCACCUUUGAUGGCUCUUUUGGCGGUCAGACUGCAUUCGAAAAUCCUGAAUUUAUUAGUCCCAAUGUCGCAAGAGCUCAUAUCAGGAAUGCCAAGGCUAACCGUUAUAAGGAUCGCAUGGAAGCUAUUGCCAAGAGAGAUGCGAAGAUGAAGGAUGCAGUAUUACCAGACGAUCCUCUCUCUGAUAAAAAUGUUUUUGCCUAAUUUUUCCUCCUCAUUUACCUGCUAUCACUAUCUCACUUUGUGUAUUAUUUCUCAUUCGCUCUUUAAGGGCAGAAAGCCUUUGAAUAACAAGUACAAUAAAAUUUCAGUC